AUGGAUCAUGUCGGCGGAAGCAUUCUCACGGCGGCGGCGGAUGAAUCUCCGGCAGCUGUGGGAGCGAAGCUAACAGAUUUCUUCGUUUUCUUUCGGAGCUGCGGAAAUUGCGAUUGCUUGCCGCCAAGCUCACCUGAUCCACCACGCAAAGCGCAUCUCUGUCCACUAACACACAUCAAGUACUGGAACUCCUCGCACCACCAGUUCAAGCACCAGCAACUGCGCGGCCCCGCGGCCACCACUGUUCAUUUCAAUACGAAUGAGGAUGCAGUUAAGGCUCUUGUGGGUGGUCCGUGGGUGGUGAACAGAAUCCAUUGUGGCAUGGAUUACACAAUUUGCCCUACUCGGCCGAGUCCGGUUAAUCAACCAGAGAAGAACAGUGGGGGAGGAGUUGAUGGAACUGGUAGCUUUUCUGUUGGUGGUCGGAAGAGAAAUGUGGCAGCCCUGGUGGAAAAUGGAUUAGCCAGGUCGAAGGGGGAGUGGAGGGUUACGACAAAUAAGGAGGUGGGUCUGAAGAAGGUGGGACGGGUGAGUAGUAGUAUGGAGCCUCAGCCUAGUGUAGAAACGGUAGUGGCAGUCGAGAAGGAGGAUAACGGGGGCAUUAAGAAUAUGAGGCUUCUGAAGGUAGCGACAUGCAACUUGAAUCAAUGGGCAAUGGACUUUGAUUGCAACAUGAAGAAUAUAAAAGAGUCCAUUUUGAGGUCUAAAGAAGCGGGUGCCGUUAUUCGGCUGGGUCCCGAGCUUGAAAUCACUGGCUAUGGCUGUGAAGACCAUUUCUUGGAACUUGACACGGUCAACCAUGCCUGGGGCUGCUUAAAAGAGUUAUUGCUUGGUGGCUGGACAGAUGGCAUACUGUGCAGUUUCGGUAUGCCUGUUAUCAAAGGAUCAGAACGUUACAACUGUCAAGUGUUGUGCUUGAAUAGGAAAAUACUGUUGAUACGCCCUAAGAUGUGGCUUGCGAAUGAUGGUAACUACAGAGAACUCAGAUGGUUUACUGCAUGGAAGCAAAAGGAGCAUCUUGAAGACUUUCUUCUUCCAAGUGAAAUAUCUGAUGAUUUGUCGCAAAGGACAGUGCCUUUCGGCUAUGGAUUUAUUCAGUUUCUUGAUACUGCUGUUGCAGCAGAAGUGUGUGAGGAACUUUUCAGUCCUAUGGCCCCUCAUGCAGAGCUUGCAUUGAACGGUGUUGAAGUUUUCAUGAAUGCUAGUGGGAGCCAUCAUCAGUUACGGAAACUUGAUCUUCGUAUGCGUGCUUUUGUCGGUGCUACACAUAUCCGUGGAGGAGUUUACAUGUACAGUAAUCACCAAGGAUGUGAUGGUGGGCGCCUAUAUUACGAUGGAUGCUCUUGUAUUGUGGUGAAUGGAGAUGUUGUUGCUCAGGGCUCACAGUUCUCACUGAAGGACGUUGAGUUGGUGGUUGCUCAAGUAGAUCUAGAUGCAGUGGCCAGUUUCCGAGGAUCAAUUAGUAGCUUUCAGGAACAAGCCAGUUGCAAACGAGAAGUUCCCUCCAUUUUAGUACCUCACAAGCUGUGUGAGUCUUUUAAGCUCCAGAUGUUACUUUCAAGUCCAAUUAAGGUUCACUAUCAUUUACCUGAGGAGGAAAUAGCUUAUGGGCCAGGGUGCUGGUUGUGGGAUUACUUGAGAAGAAGUGGUGCUUCUGGUUUUUUACUUCCACUUUCAGGUGGAGCAGAUAGCUCUUCUGUUGCUGCUAUAGUUGGUUCCAUGUGCCAGCUAGUCGUAAAAGAAAUAUUGAAUGGGGAUGAACAAAUAAAAACUGAUGCUAUACGGAUAGGCCAUUACACUGAUGGGCAAUUUCCAACAGACAGCAAAGAGUUUGCCAGACGUAUAUUCUACACAGUUUUCAUGGGAUCUGAAAAUAGUUCUACUGCCACAAGAACCAGAGCAAAAGUGCUUUCUGAGGAAAUUGGGUCAUGGCAUCUUGAUAUCUCAAUAGAUGGAGUGGUUUCUGCCCUUCUCUCUUUGUUUCAGACACUCACUGGAAAACGACCACGCUACAAGGUUGAUGGGGGUUCAAACAUUGAAAAUUUAGGGUUGCAAAAUAUUCAGGCUCGAAUAAGGAUGGUCUUAGCAUUCAUGCUAGCAUCACUAUUACCUUGGGUUCACAACAAACCAGGUUUUUAUCUGGUCUUAGGAAGCUCAAAUGUAGACGAAGGAUUACGUGGUUACUUGACUAAGUAUGAUUGCAGUUCGGCUGACAUAAAUCCAAUUGGAAGCAUUAGCAAACAGGAUUUAAGAAUAUUUUUAAGAUGGGCCGCUGUUCAUCUGGGCUACUCAUCUUUGGCAGAUAUUGAAGCUGCUCCCCCCACUGCUGAGCUGGAGCCUGUACGAUCUGAUUACAGCCAGCUGGAUGAAGUGGAUAUGGGAAUGACAUACGAAGAACUCUCGGUAUACGGAAGGCUUCGUAAGAUAUUCCGCUGUGGACCUGUUUCCAUGUUUAAGAGUUACUCGCCAGAGGAUAACAGGUUUGAUCUACGCCAAUUUCUGUACAACGCGAGGUGGCCUUAUCAGUUUCGAAAGAUUGAUGAACUUGUGCACGACUUGGAUGGUGAUAGUUUGGCCAUCGCAAAAUCUAGUGACCACACGCCUGACGGUGGUAUGGGUGUAAUAGCUGCGGGAGCAGGCAACCCAAGUGCCGGUUUUUAAGUUUUUUUCGUAAGCUUUCAGAUAUAGCAGUGUUUAUUGGCUGUGGUUUUUUAGUAUACGAACCAUCUGUUCGUGAAAACCUUAGAUUCUUUUCAUGUCCACAUGUCAAUGCCGGCAUAAUACUAAUUCAAUAAAUAAAUAAAUAAAUAAAUA